AUGACACCUUCAUCCACACAAAAUUACAGUAAACCAGCCACUUCCCAUACUGAGGAACACGACCAACUACAACAGACUCGUUGUCAUCAUCAUUUCAUAACAAGGAUCUACAUUCAUGGCGAAAGAGAUGAAUCAAUCACCAUUGGAGGACAAACCUGCUAUCGUCAUGAAUUGAUGUCAGCAUUUGGUGGCUCAUUAGACCCAGGAGCUAGACCAUACCCUAAAUUCAAUAUAAAUUCUUCUCAAUUAGGCUUAUAUGGGUUCGGAUUAAGUUGCUUUGUUCUUGGAUUAUUUAAUUGUCAAGCUAAGGGUAUUACUCUCCCCAAUGUUGCUGUUUCAUUGGCUUGUUUUUACGGUGCAACUGCACAGAUUAUAGCUGGGUUACUUGAAUUUCCUACGAGAAAUACUUUUGCUUUUACUGCUUUGACUCCGUAUGGAGAAUUUUGGCUUGGUUACGCAUGUGUGGUUGUUGAACUGCUUGGUAUUAUGGCUGCCUAUGAAGUAAUGGCUCAGUUUCUUAACGCAAUGGGGUUAUUUUUAUUAGAAUGGGUUAUAUGGAUACUUAUUGUUGUAUUGAUAACCAUGAAAUCGGCAUUGGUGUUCUUUCUAAUGUUUUUGUUUUUGGAUUUGACAUUCAUAUUUUUGGCUUGUGCUGAGAUUACGGGUAGAGUUGGAGUCGCGCUUGGUGGUGGUGUCAUUGGAGUCAUAACAGCAUUUAUUGCUUGGUAUAAUGGUUUUGUCGGUACUACUACACAUUUUAACUCAUAUAUUGUUCCAUCUGAUGUUUUUUUUUUUUCCAAUAAUAGAGUUUGA